AUGUCAAAUAGCCCCAAUCCGAACAAUCCAAACAAUCAUCAUCUAAACAAAUCUCCAAAUAAUUUAUCCAAUAAUAAACUCACUAAUAUGCUGUAUUCUCAAGUUCAAACAACUUUACCACCUCAAUUUACUGAAUAUCCACAACAAGCAUUUGUACAACAAACAUAUCAACAACAACAGCAUCAAUAUUUGCAAGCUCAACAAGCAUUUCAACAACAUCAACAACUUCAACUUUUAAUGCAACAACCAGCACAACAACCACAACAACAACAACAACAACAGCAGCAGCUACAACCUUUUCCUUCAACUCAGAUACCAGUUCUCCAACAACAACAACUACAACAACAGCAACAGGUUUAUUCGCAACCAAUAAAUCAAAAUGAAAACUAUUACAUACAAGCACCCCGAGGAUACAGUAGCAGCAGCAGCAAUAUAAACUUACAACAAUAUCCUUUGAAUGAACCAAGACAAACAAGUGUGCCUUCAAUUUCUCCAGAGAAACAACAAAGCAUUAAUUUCAAUUCUGAAAACUACAAUUAUUUGGUUCCAUCUUUACCCCCAUUGAACACAAUUGGGGCCACUACUACAUCGCAUACUCCUCAACAGCAGCAGCAACAACAACAACAACAACAAGUCUAUAAUACUUCUCCAUUGUCGGCUACUUAUGUGCACGAAAACUCUCAGUUUGUGGUACCAUCAGUGGACACAACCAGAAGUUAUCCAAUGACAACUGUUCGUGGUGGUAGUGGUGGUGGUGGUGGUGGUAUUGCUCCUCCCAAAAGAGGUAGAAAAAGAAGACAUACUGCUACUGUUCAUAAUAUGACUCCUGAAACCGCUGAAAGAAAUAGAUGUCGUAUUUGUAAUAAACAAUUCAAACGUCCAUCAUCAUUACAAACUCAUUAUUAUUCUCAUACUGGAGAAAAAAUAUUUAAAUGUCCUUGGGAUGGAUGUGGUAGAUUGUUUUCUGUUAAAUCUAAUAUGACAAGACAUUAUAGAUUACAUGAACGAGAUUUCAAAAGAGCUCAAGAACGUGAAUUUGCACCUUCCCAACAACAACAACAACAACAACAUCAUCAACAUCAAGUACCUAAUAUUGGAAGUGUCUCUCAUUCAUCUGCACCAAUUCUACAACCACAACAACAACAACAACAACAACAAGAAACAUUUAAUACCAAUAAUCAAAAUUUGGGGUGA